UCCUUCAUUCCUCCACUCCUCCCACAUUAACUAAUUCACCGUCGAUCGUCAGCGUCCAAAAUGGUAUCAGCGACGGCGGCGGCGAGCUCGCCGUGCGCCGCGUGCAAGUUGCUGCGGCGAAAGUGCCUUCCGGAGUGCGCGUUCGCGCCCUACUUCCCGCCGGACCAGCCGCAGAAGUUCGCGCAGGUGCACCGCGUGUUCGGCGCCAGCAACGUCACCAAGCUGCUGCAGGAGGUGCCGCCGGGGCAGCGAGAGGACACCGUGAACUCCCUCGCCUACGAGGCCGACAUGCGCCUCCGCGACCCCGUCUACGGCUGCGCCGGAUUCGUCGCGCUGCUCCACCGCCAGCUCCGCCAGCUUCGCCUCGAGCUCGCCCUCGUGCGCGCGGAGCUCGCCAUGUACCAAAAGCAGACCGUUAAUAGCAACGACCACGGAUCUUGCGCCCUCAUCGACGUCAACCUCCCUUGCGUCGACCAACUCCUACCGCCGCCGGCCAAGGCGGCCACCGUCGCCGGCGGGGAUCACCGACCGGCCAUUGCUCCACUGUUGAAGUUCGGAGAGUGGCUGAUUGCAGAAGAAAAUAAUGGAAUAUAAGAGAAUUAUUUAAAAAGUCGAUGUAAUGUUUAAUUACCAAUUAUAAAAGGAGAGAUUUGUAUGGUACGUUCGACUAGUCAAUUUAGAGAACUG